UUUCCGAGUGGCAUGUCAACCAUUAUUGAAGAUGUUCUCUUCUUGGGAAGUGGAAUGGAUGCCAAUGAUGAAAUUCAAUUGACCAAGAAUGGUGUUGAAUACAUCCUCAAUGUGACACAAGAGUGGCCACUUGGUAAACAUGUUCCAAAGCAGAUUAAAUUCAAGAGAAUUGCACUCAAAGAUGAAAGGGAACAAGAUAUUCUCACCUUCUUACAAGAAGGUAUCGAUUAUAUCAACGUUGCUCUCCAAGAAAAGAAGAAAAUCCUAGUUCAUUGUGUUAUUGGAAAAUCAAGAAGUGCCAGCUUUGUGAUUGCAUUUGUAAUGUCUCACUUUAAAUAUAAUUUGAAACAGGCACUUGAAUAUGUUAAAGAAAGAAGAGAUAUUAUUCGACCAAAUGAUGGAUUUAUCAAACAAUUAAUGCUCUUUGAAAACAAA